UAACACUCGUCAGAAGCGGAGAGGAAGUGUCGUUUUUAGUUGCUUUAAGACUCUGGUCUGCGGUCUGUGAGUAAAACGCCGCCCUGCUGACACGGGGGCGGAGACCGGCUCGGCGAACUGAUUCCCGGUCAGCGCGUCGGUGAGAAGCCCGUCCAGGAAGUGCGGCUCACAUCCCCCCUGAUGACAACAGUUUGUUUUCUGGCCGAGCCACAGAGUUUAGUUUGGACACUUGAACGCCAUUGUCUGGCCUGAGCACUUGAGUUUCCAGCCAUGGACAAGCUGCGGCGUGUGCUGAGCGGCCGGGAGGACAACGAGGAGCUGGGGCUGACGGCGCAGGUCCUUGAAGGCAGCACUCUCAGCUUCAGCACCAGGGUGAAAUGGUUCGUCAUAUGCUUCGCUUCUGGCAUCCUGUGUUCAAUACUCGGCUCAGCGCUGCUCUUCCUUCCUAAGGGCCUCAAGCUUUUUGCUGUUUUCUACACGCUAGGAAAUCUUGCGGCUUUGUCCAGCACCUGUUUCUUGAUGGGCCCAUUAAAACAGCUAAAGAGGAUGUUUGAACCAACAAGACUCAUAGCAACCAUCGUUAUGCUGCUCUGCUUCGCCUUAACACUUUGUGCAGCAUUUUGGUGGCACAAAAAUGGAUUGGCUAUCAUCUUCUGUAUUCUUCAGUUUCUGGCAAUGACCUGGUAUAGCAUCUCCUACAUUCCUUUCGCCAGAGAUGCAGUGAUGAAGUGCUUCACAACCUGCCUGAAUUAAAGCACAGGAGGACACGGUUUCCUGAGAAGACCGGUCCCAGAAUGCAUCACACAAAACACUUGUAAAAAAGACGUUGUUUAUACACUAUUCCAUCAGUUUUCGUCUCUUUCUGACUCACACUGUGAAUUCUUGCUUUUCACGUUUAGCUACAGAUGUUUAUUUUUAGUCUAAGUAAAUCAGCGUCGACUGUAAUCAUCGCCUUUAAUAUAUUUAAGAAAUUCCUAGCAUAUUCGUAUGCUUUCUAAAGAUUUUAUGCGGUUCAAGUGCAGGGAAAUUAUUUUGACUUUAUGCAAAAGCAAACUGCACCAGCACAGCUUGAUGAAGUGAUUGUAUUUAUGCCAAACACACAUAUUCCAAUUUUUUUAAGCAGUCUAAGCUUUCAGUAUUUUGUUUUUAAGUUGUAUUAAGGUUUAGAAGUUUUGUGACGCGUUUUUUUUUUUUUUGAGUCGAUGCUUUACUGCUGAUGCACUGGGAUGUAUAGUGCCUACAUUUCUUUUGAGGAUUUUGUCUUCUUCUGCUAAUGAGAUUUAAAAAAAAAUGCCUCUUUUGUGUCUCGUCUAAUGGUCUUAAGUGUGCGCAUUCUAACACACGUUGCUCCCCCCCCCCACGCAAUAAAAGGCAUUAAAGAAACGCUCCUCCGUUUUCAGAUGUGAUUUCCUGCCAUAUGUAGCGAUGACCCAGUUAAUUACGCCUCCCCGAGCAUUGUGAUUGUGACAUGACCCAAUAACCCAGCCAGCGUCGGCCUCCCUCUGUUGCGUUGGCAUGCAGCCUUUGAGGAUGUGGUUACCAUGACAACCUCCUCUGGAGGAUGCACUGCCUCUGCCUACCCCCAUUUUUAGAGCAGAUGUUCGCAUUAUGCCGAGGUGUUUUAGUUUUUUUUUGUUAAGUGGAGUCCUUUUGGACCAACAGUUUAUGCAGCUCAACGCGAUGAGGAAGUUAUCGGCGCCAGAGUUCACCCUGAAGGUUUUCUCCCCGGUUUAUCACUCCACUCAUUCACCCUCUUGUUUCCGUAAUGCCCGUUUAGCCACUGGAUGUUUAUUUUCAUGUGUCGGGUUCGCUCGCACGCGGCCCUCCCUUUCGUUUUGGGCAACUAAUUUGGCCCGAGAUCCGCCAAAUCCGCCGCAGUAAUCUGAAGGAUAAAGCGAUUAUGGUACGCUGGACGUGGUUGCCUUUGCGAUUGUUUUCAUCUGCCGGCUAUUUUUGGAUCUUUCUAUAGUUUCGAGGUUGAUGGGGAUGUGUUCUGACCGCCGCAAUCUGCUGGCGUUCCAGCUGUUUCCUCCAGUUUUUAAUCUGUUAUGUCACAGAGGCGAGGGAGCCCACGCGCCUGGGCUUCCUCUUUAGAUUAGCGCUCCGAAUCGUCUUGCAAAGAUGAAUAAAUAACUUGGCCAGU